CUCGGCAGUCCCCGCCGUUCGCCUCCGCGGCGUCGGCUCCCGAGCUCCGCGCCGCAGCGCACCGGCUUCCCCGCUGGCUGGCGGGCGGGAUGGCCCCCUGAGCGGGCCCGCGCCGGCAGCGGCGGGCGGGCGGGCGCCGCGGCCCAGGCCCGGCGCGGCGGGCGGGGCGCGGGCCGCGGCCUCUUUGUCUGCGGGGCGGCGGGCGCGGCCGCGGGGCGCGGGGCGGAAGUCCCGCCGCGCUCGCGGCGCCCCGGCCCGCGGCGGCCGCGCCAUGAGCGACAUCCGCCACUCGCUGCUGCGCCGCGACGCGCUGAGCGCCGCCAAGGAGGUGCUGUACCACCUGGACAUCUACUUCGGCAGCCAGCUGCAGAGCCAGGGCGCGCCGCUGCCGCUCGGCGACCAGGGCCCCGUGGAGCUGCUCGAGGAGUUCGUGUACCAGGUGCCCAAGGAGCGCGGCGCGCAGCCCAAGAGAUUGAAUUCACUCCAGGAGCUCCAACUGCUUGAAAUCAUGUGCAAUUAUUUCCAGGACCAAUCCAAGGACUCUGUCCGGCAGAUUAUUUUCUCAUCCCUUUUCAGCCCCCAAGGGAACAAAGCGGAUGACAGCCGGAUGAGCUUGCUGGGAAAACUGGUCUCCAUGGCGGUGGCUGUGUGUCGAAUCCCAGUGCUGGAGUGUGCAGCCUCCUGGCUCCAGCGGACGCCGGCGGUGUACUGCGUGCGGCUGGCCAGGGCCCUGGUGGACGACUACUGCUGCCUGGUGCCCGGCUCCGUGCAGACGCUGCGGCAGGUCCUCGGCGCCAGCCCCCGCUUCUGCUGCCAGUUCGUCACGGCCGUCACCGCGCUCUACGACCUGUCGUCAGACGACCUCAUCCCGCCGCUGGACCUGCUGGACAUGAUUGUCUCCUGGAUCUCCGAGGACUCGCGGCUGAUCCUCAUCACCUUUUUAAAUACUCCGAUCGCGCCCAACCUCCCCAUCGGGUUUUUAGAGCUCACCCCGCUCACGGGACUGAUCCGCUGGUGCGUGAAGGCCCCGCUGGCCUACCGGAGGAAGAAGCCCUCCCUGGCCAACGGCCACGUCGCCGCCAAGGCCCCGGACGCCGCGGCGCCCGACAGGGACCCCCAGCUGCUGUACUCCAGGCUGCACCUGAGCGUGCUGCAGGUGCUCAUGGUGCUGCAGGUGCACCUCACCGAGAAGAACCUCUUCGGCCGCCUGGGCCUCAUCCUCUUCGACCACAUGGUCCCGCUGGUGGACGAGAUCAGCCGGCUGGCGGACGAGCUGAACCCCCUCCACGCCUCGCAGGAGAUCGAGCUCUCCCUGGACCGCCUGGCGCAGGCCCUGCAGGUGGCCAUGGCCUCCGGCGCGCUGCUGUGCACGAGAGAGGACCUGAGGACCUUGUGCUCCCGGCUGCCCCACAAUAACCUGCUGCAGCUGGUGAUCUCGGGGCCCGUGCCUCAGUCGCCCCACGCGGCCCUGCCCCCGGGCUUCUACCCUCACAUCCACACGCCGCCACUGGGCUACGGGGCCGUGCCCGCCCACCCCGCCGCCCACGCCGCCCUGCCCACGCACCCCGGCCACACCUUCCUCUCGGGCAUGGGGUUUCCCUUCAGGCCCAUCCGCUAGGCCAGCGACGCCGAGCGGCACUGCCUUCGCCCGGCGGAGAGCCCGGGAGGACGGGAGGCGCGGCCCUCACAGCGCUGUCCUGGCGGAGAUCGGGGCCAGCACAGGCCUGGCCACGCGGGAGAGUCCAGGCGGACAGACGAGGAAACGAGCGUGUCCAGCCUCCCUCCACAGAGCCACACGGCGUCCUCGGAGACGCCAUCCUGAGCGCCCGCCCGCCGUCUGCCCGGGGACACGUGUGAGUGCACGAGCGGCGUUUGCACGUCCACUUGCCAGGGGGUGCGCGCCUGCCACAGCCCGGCCGCCCCGCACUCUGCCCGGGCCGUUCGGGGCCCGUGGUGCGUCCGGCACCACGGAGGGGCAGCUGGCCCGUCGGGUCCGGAGUUUUCUUUCCUGUGUUCAAUAAACCUUUUCUAAACAUC